UGUAUGUUAUCUGUGUGCGCACGUUACAACGGUUGGAUUUUGUGUUCAUUUUAGCUAAAGCAGCUAGUCGCCCCUUAUUAUCAGUGAUCUAGUAGCACUACAAAGAACAUAAUAUAUUUCGAAGAGCAUAUCUUCACUGUUUUUUAGUGUUUAGCUCCGUGCAGAAGUAAAUGUAGAGCCAUUGGAUUUUUCGAGUUGGCAACUGUGGCACGGCAGGUGUGUCAGUACUAUAUUGCCUACCCAUUUAGAACAACGUUAUGGCAAUUCUCUCUUUUGUGAUUCAGAAUUGGUAACAUUCUAGAACAUUACCGUAACUGAUUUAUAUAUCUGCCUUCCUGCACGGACUGUGUAAGAAUUUAUACAACAAUGGAGGGCCAGGAAGUCAGUUCGAAGGAUGAGGGACAUAAGAUGUUACCUGUCGAUGGUCCAGGCUGGUCGUAUGUAAAUGGGGUCCUGCACUGCGACGGCAUGUCAUUGGAGGACUUGCGGAUGUCCCUGAAGAAGGAUUACGGCCUCCAGGGUUCCCCAGCCCACAUCUAUUCCUACUCAGCGUUGGUCGCCAAUGUUAAGAAGUACACGGAUGCGCUGUGUCCUCUUGGAGAACGUGGGGUAUUGUCGUAUUCCCUGAAAGCCAAUAACAACUUGCGGGUGUUGGAGGCGCUGAGGCAGGCGGGCGUUAACAUGGCAACCACGGUUAGCGGGAACGAAAUCCUAAUGGCAAUGAAGGCGGGGUUCGCUGCAACAAAUAUUAUCUAUAACGGAACCGGUAAAAGAAGGUGGGAGGUCGAACUGGCGAUCAAACAUGGAGUGCUGCUCAACCUCGACUCUGAAUUCGAUGCCCGGUUGAUCGCAGGCGUGGCCAGGGAGAUGGGCUUGAGGGCGAGGUGUAUCGUCCGCCUGAAUCCAGCCCUGAAUGCGGACACCCACCCAUAUCUGGCUACCGCCCUCGCUGAUUCCAAGUUCGGGGUGGAAUUUCACCAGCUGGAAAGGGUGCUGCAGGUCGUGCGCACAGGCGAGAGUGGAGAUGUGGAACACGUAAUCGUCGAAGGAGUGCAUAUUCACGUCGGGUCUGCUGUUUCGCGCACGCAGGUAUUCUCAGACAUGACAAGAGUCGCGGCGCGUGCGCUGCGAGAGUUCCCGCCACAGAUCCGAGAACGAGGAUGGCCAAGGGCGUCCACCAUCAAUCUGGGAGGUGGACUCAACAUUCGGCUGUCAGGAGUACCAGGGAAGAACGACGAGCGCCCUGCCACCCCAGAGCAACUCGUGGGUGCAAUCCUUCCCCUCCUCCCUGAGGGUUCUACGCUCUUGCUGGAACCUGGCAGAUCUCUUGUGGCAACGGCUGGCUCUUGUGCCUUUACAGGUGUAUUGAUGACAGAAGUGUUAGGAGUGAAGACCAAUGGAAAGCGCAGGUUCCUCGUGGUGGAUGCUGCUAUGACUGAAGUCAUUCGCCCUGCCCUGUACGGAGCCCAUCACCCCGUGACUCACGUGACCAUCCCGGCUUGUCAGGAAUGGGCUGUGAUGGAUGUCGUUGGGCCAGUGUGCGAGAGCGGAGACUUCCUCGCUCGCCGUUGCAUGCUUAGCCUAAGCCUUUCCUCUGGUGCCGCUCUCGUGGUUUGGGCAACAGGGGCGUACUGUUCCUCCAUGGCUUCCAAUUAUAACUUGCGACCGCACGCCAUCGAGGUUAUCGUAAAGGCGCCCGACCUCUACACUGUCGUAAGGAGGCCAGAAAAUUUCGAAGACCUCAUUUCGUGUUACUUGUAGCUUGAUUUGAAUGGUAGACACCAUUUACAGCAGAAGGAGGCAAGUUUUAUUUCUUAAUAGCCAAUACAGAAACCAGCAUUUCAUAUAUAUAUAUAUAUAUAUAU